UUUGUGCUAGCCUAUUACAUUAAUAAGCAAAACGAGUUUAAGGAUUAUAAUCAGUAUUUAAAUAAUGUAAUUUUAUGAGGGUUACACUUUGAUAUGCUCUUAGGGUUUUGCAAAGUAAUCAACAUACAGUAUUUUACUUCUUUUAAACACACGUUAGCCUGUCAAGUGUCUAUAGACCAGUUCUACCCAUUCAAUCAAUUUUCGAGUUGAAAGAGCGCGAGUUGAGUGCCUGAAACGAGUACUGUACACAAAAGCAUAAACAAAUCUAGAUCAAUUGUGUUUAACAUUCUACCAUGUCGGCAGUAUACUGUGGAAAAUUAUUACAUUUCAGUGGUAGAUUGUGAUACCUCACUUUCACACUAUGGUGUUCUUACCAGCUGAUGUUGCCAGGCUGGUUUUAGACUACCUUGGGAGUGAAGGCUAUGAGAAAACAUGCGACACAUUUUUGUUGGAAUGUAAUCACGUGGCAGCCAUUUGUGAUUAUAUUGAUCAAAGUGAUGCAGACAUUAAAGACCUUCUGCCUCUCACAGACAAGAGCCUGAAUAAUAUUCUUCAUGAAUACUCGGUCAACAAAUUAACAUUGAAAAGGAAACUAAAACACAAAAGACAGACAUCAUUUGAAGAUGCAGAAAGUGGUUCUCUCCUAAAUCCAUUUGAGCCUAGAAGCCAAUCUGGUUUAUCUUACCGAAGGCUUCAACACCUACGAGCCCAGCAGAUCAAGGAAGCUAAGACUGCCACCUUAACUGAACAGAGUACAGUUGUUCCUAUAAGUAUCUCUAAGACUUACUCUGAGAUUCAAUCUGGUGCUGUUGUUGUAGAUCCGCCUGACACAUCCUGCCGCCAGGUACAAAGGUCAUCAGAUGUUUCCAAUGUUCAGAACGCAGAAAGUCAGUUACCACAUGCCUCUACUCUUAAUUGUACAACAGUUGCAACGGAGUCGUCGCCCGUGGCAACACAGACUGAUAGAGUGGUCAAACAUCCUGCUGACUUCAGCUAUGCUCGCGAUUUUCAAUUCCUUGAGAAUUCAUCAACCCAAGCCAAGCUGAAUAAUCAAUCGAUAGCCAAUCAGGACUCAGAUGAAGCUGAAGCAAUGGAAUAUUAUGAUCCUCCAGCAUACACUCCACCAGCCAAUCAGACUUCACCAGCUAAAAAGAAACAAAAGACCCAAAGGACGACAUUGGUUGAAAAUUUAGAAAGACCAAAGGAAAAUGAAAGUUAUUUGCAUAGUGGCUCCUAUGUAAGCAAGUUGGAGUGUCGAAGACAAAAUACUCUGUCUUUCCAUAAGCUACGAGUCCUACGGGCCAAACAGGCUAAGGAUAAAGAGGCUAAGACUGCCACCUUAACUGAACAAAGUCCAGUUGUUCCUAUAUGUAUCUCUAAGACUUACUCUGAUAUUCCAUCUGGUGCUAUUGUUGUAGAUCCGCCCGACACAUUCUGCCCCCAGGUACAAAGGUCAUCAGAUGUUUCCAUAGGUCAGAAUGCCAAAUUAAGUCAGUUACUACAAGCCUCUACUCUUAAUUGUACAACAACAGCAACAGAACACUUACCUAAGACAACACAGGGACAUAGAGUGGUUAAACAUCCUGCUGACUUCAGCUGUGCUCGUGAGUUUCACUUCCUUGAGAAUCUAUCCCACCAGUCCAAGUUGAAUAUUCAGUCUGCAGCCAAUCGAAACAUAAAGGAACCUGAGCCAAUGGAAUAUGCUCUUCCGGCCUACACUUCACCGACCAAUCAGCUUUCAACAGCUGAUGAAGAGAAGCAGCAAGCAUCUGAAAAAGAAAUUCAAAGUUUAAAGGUGAAGUCUGUGGAAGAGCCUAACUUAAGCCUGGCUGAUGAGGAUAUCAGAGAAUUUCCUACGCUUCUUGAGAAGUUGCUCAACGACUCAAACUUACAACAGAAACUUGCGGAAAACAUCAACAAAGCCCUUCCAAGUGAUAACAACCAACCAAUCGUUUCAACUCCAUUUAAAACUGAAGAACAGCAGGAAGUGGAGAAUCCGAAAAUUUUCAGCGACAGCUUCUUGGAUGCCCAUCUUUCCGAGGACACUAUUCAUGACAUUGUAGAGAUGACCGCCAUUGACCCAGCCUUUGAAGGACUUUUUAAUUUAUUCAAUGUUAGUAAACAAGAUUUCUUGCAGGAGAACCUACAACAAAAGGAAAGAGAAUCUUUGGAAGACCAAGUACUAAGUACCAAUCAGGAAAGCAAUGAGCAGAACCAAUCACCCACAAAACCUUCAUUUUUAUUUAAUGAAUGCAGCAACUCGGCUAUGAUUCCUAACUCACCGGAGAAGGCUACCACCAGCUUUCAAGAUAAAGCUCUGUGCAACCAAUCCUCUGAAAAACAUAGUAAAAUUCUUGCCAAUGGUGACCAAAGUCUUGAUUUUGCAGACACCGCUGAAUGCAGACAAAAGACCCUGAAACCAGAUAAAACAGAUAUGUUGGGUGAAUUGCCAAGUGAAUCUCAAGAAAAGAAAAUACCGAGCCAAUCACCUACAAAACCUUCAUGUACAGUGAAUGAAUGCAAUAACUCAGCUGUUGUCCAAAACUCGCCAGAGAAGUCCUUCCCCGCUAAGUCUUCGAUGAAGGAGCCCAAGGCCUCUGAAAAAGACAGUAUAGCUGUUGCCAAAGAAGACCGAACUAAUGAAGUACCAGACAACACUGGACACAGGCGGAAGUCCCGGAAACCAGCUAAAAAAGAUGUUUUAGAAACCUCUAGCAUUCUGAUGAUGACAUCGCUGACGCCUAAGAAAACGGACUCUUGUGCUCGAACUUCGCCAUACAUGGCCAGAAAAUCUAGAAACAUUCAACCUAGUAGAUCUGAAUCUGAAAGUUAUAAGUCACCAAAGAACUCUAAGCUUUCUCACAGUGUAGCUGUUGUUUCUGGAGAAAGUAAUACUUCAGUAAGCCCUCCUAUGGCAAUUAAAAAACAAAGCCCUGCCAAUGAACCGAAGAGAUUGUCAGAAACAGUUGUAGAAUUGUCAAAAGAAAUAAGAGAUAUUACUAUACCUAGUGAUACCAACCGCACAGAUACUUCAAGCAAGAAGUCAAUUGUAGAAGAUGGGGAAGAGAUUCCAAGUGUUCUUGCUAAUGAAUAUAAAGACAUUUCUGCACAGAAAAUUGAUUGCUCAGGAAAAGUAGGAAUUUCAGAUUUGAAAUAUUUUGAAACAUUUCCUGAUACUGAUGAACCAGUAGACCAGUUGAGUUGUGAUGCCAUAGCAGAAUGUGUCCUAGAAGUGAAUGCAGGAGGAAAUAAGAGAGAAAAUUUAUCUGAAACACUUUCAGAUGAAACAGAAAAUGUAACUACUGUCUCAAUAGCAGCCAGUAUUCUUGCUUCUGCUAUGCAAGAAUCAAGAUCUCCAAUAAAAAUGAACCAGAAAGAGGACAAUUGUACGGCAAAAAAAUCACCUGAAAAGGCUAAGCAAGUAACAAUACCAAGUAUUGUAGCAUCCUCACAUCAGGACAUUUCAACAUCUAAUAAACAGACAGAUGUGUCUUCAAAUGGAUUCAGUGAUGGAUUAAAAACAUCAGAAAUAGAAACAAAAACAGAUCCUCCGGUUCAGACUGUAGAAUUGUCAGUGCCACCCACAUUUAACAUUUCAUUGAAGUCACAACCAUCUCAAGUUAUAUACAGCUGUCCUGUGGAAGGUUUCAAUGGAAAUAACUCUGUAAUCCGUCAAAAAAAAGUAACUGAUGACACACAAACCAUUAUUGUGAUGGAUCCAAGAAAAAAAAUAAGGUCAAAUGUUCCUGGAUGGGCACAACCAACACACAUAAGGCCACCUGACUUGCAACUGCCAUCUGGUGACCAGGUAAUUAACAUCCCUUGUCUAAUUGAUCCUCUCCUGAUUGGAUCUUCUGGAAAUAUAUCAACCAGUGUUCCAGUGACAUAUGUUCCAUAUGAUGGUGACAGCAACCAUGAAAAUUCAAAUAUUUUUGAGAAAUUAUCAAAUUUUCCAAUCCUUCCUGUAUGUCAACCGAUUGACUCAUCUUCACAACCUGUCAAUCAGAUUGUACCUGCUGGGCAGCAAAGAACAGUGGUUAAUGUAGUACCCAGCUGGCAAUUUGCCAAUUCUAAUCAAGCAAAUGUUAUCACUAACCAUGUACCAAGCAGAUCAGAAAUAGACAAUGCUUGUGGGCAAGUAGAUUCUGCUCCGACAGGAAAAGAGAAAGUAGUUAAUGGAAAAAAGAAUGCAAAGUCAUCAACGAAAAUUGUUUCAGGACACGGCAAAAAGUCAAACCGUAGUAGCCGAAGAAUAAGACCAAUUCCUGUCAGUUCCGAGCAAUGUUCACAAAAUACUGCCUUCACAUCAGCUGUUGAGGUUCAAAUUAUCGACAAGAAGAAUACAAAGAAACUACAAACUAUCGACUUGAUGGAUCUUCAAUCCAUCCAAAAUGUUAGUCCUCAGGGUUGUGUAAAUAUCAUGCCAACACCAGUGAAAGUAAUUGUAAAAACAAUGGCAGAUGGUGUGACAUCUUUCGAAGAGGUUUCUUCUGAUAAUACCCAAUCCUCUGCUUGUCCAGAUCUGCAGGUCAGCCUGGGAAGUGCAACUAAAGCUCAUUCAAGAUCAAGAAAGCAAGAUCUUUCCAAGGAAUCCCAUGUUCGAAUCCUUGAUUUUGAUGAAGAAAUUUCAAUUAAGGAACCAAAGAAAAAAUUGACAAAAGCAAGAAAGAGUAAUAAAAAAUCAGAUGCUCCCACACGGCAACCGAUUCCAAAGAAAACAAGUAAGAAGUCGCCACCCAAAAACAAGAAAUCCAACGAGGUAAAAGAACAAAAAAUAAUCAAGACUAAAACACCAACAAAAUUAGGUGAAGAUUUACCUUUGAAAAAAAGGCCUAUACUAGAUACCAGUACUACAAGUCAAUUUUUUGAUAAAUCGCCGAAUAAAUUAAAUGUGAAAGCUCAGAAAAGUCCCUCAAAAAGCAAGUCAACUGUAAGGAGAUCUCCACGAAGGAAGACACAAACUGAUAAUCCAAAAUCUCCUCGCAGCAAGAUUAAGAAAUCGGAAGAGAGCAAGACUAAACAGACUUUGCCGUCACAGAAAUCGCCAAGGAAAUCCAAGGCUACAAGGAAAAGUGCUGAUAAAAUUAAAAAUGAUUCUCCAUCCAAAAAAGAUCAUAAACUCAAGAGUUCUCUUAAACAGACUGAGAGUCCACAAGAGUUAAAACGGGUGUCGUUUGGAGAAGUAGAUAGCAUUACUGUGAAUUCACCAGAAGUUAGUCAUAAUAUUGAUGAGGAGGUGAAUGAAGCUGCCCAACUUCUCAUGGAUAUGGCCUCCUAUAUGUCACCAAAUAAAAAUAUACAAGAAGCAGGUAGACAGGUAGUUAUGACGGAACCAGUCACCCCGGAAACUAAGAAACCUGUAGUCUUAGCACCUGAGGUUGUUAGUCCAAGAAAAUCACCAAGGAAAAAUCUAGCAGUAAAUGAUGAUGAUGUCAGGCUUGACAAGAAGAGAAAAAGAGAUGAAGAUACUGAAAAAUCUAAGAAAUCAAACAAAAAAAGAAAAGGAUUUCUAAAGAAUAUGGAUGUUGACAAAUUUCUAUCAGGUUUACAAUAUUCCAACUGAAAUUCCAACCAAAUAAAAUGAGACUAUAUUCAUCUUCAAAUACACUGAAAUGUUUUAUUUGCAAAACAGGAAAAUACUUCACUGGUUAGCUCCUCAAGAUAUGAAGAAAAAGCCUGGCAGUAAAUAUUGCAUAUUCUGUUAAGCUCGGCACUCGCUGGUCCGGCAGUUGUCAGACGACACAAUUCUUUAGAGAAUGUGCCUAAUGGAUAAAUUUUAAUGACAAUUUGUUCAGAUUGCCACUGACAAUUAUCAGAUGGUGUAGCAUCGUCUAGUACUGACAGGAUGGGGAGUUGGAUUUGACGGCCAUACAACGGAGUGUUUUCCCAACUUUAGAAUCAUCCGGCAUGUUGUUCAGUUACACCAGAGUUUAAAAUAAUAUGUAGAUUUAUACAUACAUACGUACAGUAACAUUUGAUUAGGUCAUCCAAAUUUUGUUUGUGGGCCCCUCACAUUGAUGGUUGUUUUUAUUUUGAGAUUGUCAUUUGAAAUUUCAAAUGAAUACAUGUACUGAUAAUUCCCCCUUCCCAUCAUUUCUUUUGUACUCUUGUAAAAAUAAUUAAAAUUAUGGAGGGUCAAUUAAGUAUUACAGUAUUUUUGCUUGUUAUUUUUAUGUAGCUAAACAUUAUGUGAAUAAGAUUUUAUAGAGAUAUUUUAUUAACGAAUGUAAAUUGUUUUUGAAUCAAAGCUUUGAUAUUAAAUAUAGUGAAACUUUGC